CAUUACCAAGAAGACUUUCUCCCACAACCAAAAGGGCCACCGGAGCUGGAGUCAACCAUGGCGGCCUUCACGGCCAUUCUGCAGAGCCAUGCUACACUCCACAGCCAGAUCCAAACUAUGAAUUGAGGCUUCUCAUGGAGCAGUUUGCUCGAGACAGUGAGAGAUCAUGGUCCAGGAUGGAUCUUUGUACCCAAGCCUAUCGUGAAACAGAGGAGAUUCUCCUGAGCAUUAAGAAGAGCGUCAAUGAUCUUGAGCGAUUAUGCACAACCUGCUCCAGAUCACCCGUCUGCUACCAUACUAGAAGAGGAGGAAGAAGAAGAAGGCUACAAGGACAUGGUGAAGCACACAGAAGUUGUCAUAGAGAGCUCCCGUGAUGAUCAUAAUCAUGAAUGUCCUGUCGUAGCCGACCACACCUUUCCACAUUCCACACUGAGCUUUGAAGAGGCGGGCAUGAGUGAGGAGAUGCAAGAAGAUCUCAUGAAAGAAAUUGCUUGGCAACUUGGUCUCCAAUCCGUGCUGGAAGAAGAAGAGCCAGAAAGGGUGCAGAAAGAAGUUGUGGAGGAUGAUGAAAGUGAAGCAGAAGAAGUUCUUGAUCAUUUCCCAGGGGUGAUACCACAUGAAGAAGGAAGGGGGUUGAAGAAGCAAUUGGCGUCCAGGCCGAGGACGAAGUUGAGGUGGAAGAGGCUUGCACCGACCAUGAGUUACAUGUGAUAUGUCCACCAAACUUCGAGGAACUACUUAGCAAGGACCCAUUUGCAGUGUCUCUUGGCCAGACCAAGCCCACAUCGACAUUGGUUCCUCUUGGUGGAUGCGAUGGUGGUCAAUCGUUGCUGUCAUAUCUAGUUUGGGGCAAUGAGACGAAAGAAGAGAAGAAGAGGUCUCGAGGGUGGAGACUUCAUCUGCAUCAAGUGCACGAGCUUCCAUCACCUGUCAUACCACAUGCUCGUGGCUUGAGACUCCACCUCAUCGACGAGAACCUCAAUUUUAAGGAGUUUUUGGGGUGGACCAAAACUUAGGAGCCUUCGUCCGGCUCACGACGUGAAAGAAGGGCUUGUUGGGAGGCAACCCAACCAGUCGGUUUCAUUUCUUUCUCCUUUCCUCCUCGGUUGAGUCAGUUUUGUUCUUGGAUUUUAGAGUCAAUAACUCAACUUUUGUGAGAUUUUGUGUGGUGUUUGUGUUUCGACUACUCUCUCCUCCAGGAAUGCACCGCCUGCCUCGUCCACCAUCAUUCACCCUUGAUUUGGUAACUUCGUUCUACCCUCCUUAUCUUUCCUCCAUUGAGGACAAUGCCGUGCUUAAGUGUGGAGGGAUGUUCGAUUAUGUAUGCGGGUGAAUGUUUGGUUGUUUGUGUGCUUGGAGCCUAGUCCACUGUCCAAAUUUUUAAAUUUGAGUGCUCCAAGUACGUGUUUCCUUGCAAAUUGCCUGCUCAGUAUGCUUUGAAUUGACAUCCUCUAUAGUAAUGUGCAACUUAGGGAGGUAGUGUAGCACUAUGGAGGAUGUUGAAGUAUAAGAUUUUCCCUAUCCAGCUCUCUGUUGUGACAGUUGAUUUUGUAAAUUAGUGGAGCUAAGACCGUUGAAUUCAUGUGGUAAUGGUGACUCUGUUUGGAUUGUGUUAUGGACUCGUGUAUCGAAUAGGGUGCUCAUGUGGGAAAUGAAAAGGAGUUGGUCCUCCAAUCUCCAUGUCGAAAUCAUCGAAAUCUUAAACAUGGGGUAAGCCCAACGUGUGCGGCACCGUUCAUUGCACAAAAUCGGGUUUUGGAGGAGAUUUUUGUGAUCCUUAGUGGGGUACUCCUACAAGGUGAAGCUAAGCUGUCUCUAGUACAAGUAAAACUUCCACCCGUUGAAAGGUUUGCCUACUUGAGGAUGUGUUUUUAAGGGCACAGAUAGAUCUUUCGACCCCACUUAAUUUCAUUGACCCUCCACACGAGUUGAGGAAAAGGAGUUAAAAGAAGUACUCUAGCGAGCGCCAGAUGUACAUAAAUUUCUCUUGUUCGACUAAUAAGGGUCAACCGUUCAAAAGACUGUAGUUGGAAUUAAUCAUAAAUCCCCGUUCGGGUAUUCUUGACCCUGACCGGGGAUUAACCCCCUGUCCCCGACGGUGCGUUUCAAUAAUCCCCGGUCACCACCUAAAAUACCCGACCGGGUAUUCUGAUCGGUGAUCGCGAACGCAGGCUUUUUAAAGCAUGUUUUGUGAGUUUCUGCAAAAGAGAGAGCUGGGUUUCUGAUCCCAAACACCCAAGGGACGAACCAAAGAGAGAGAGGGCGAUUUGAGGGAAUUCUGGGGGUUGAAUUGGUGGAUUUCUUCACCUUGGAAGCUCGAGGAACAAGCCCGGACUUGAAGACUGAUCAUCUGAAGAUUCUUACUGUAGUCUCUCUCUUCUCUAUGAAGUAACUUCCCUUCACUUAGGUUUUGAGGAACCCUAGCCAUGUUUGUUUGAUUGGAUGAUUGUAUGAGUACUCUUACUUGAUAAUCUUGAGUUCAUAUUCAAUAUAUGCAUGUUUUCACG